AUGAGAUAUUCUUUGAUGAAUCAUCCUGCUUGGGUGAUGGUUUCAUUUCUCUCGGAAUUGCUCGUUACAUAUGGAAUGGGCAAAUCCAUUGAUCAAUGUGCCAAUGAUACUGACAUAAUCAACAGUUUGCUCAAGGAAUCUUAUAAUAAGCAUUAUAUUCCCUCUCAUCCCACGCAAGUUCGGGUGGAUAUGUGGGUGCAAGAGGUGACGGCAGUAUCUGAACUCACUCAGGAUUUCGAGAUCGACCUUUAUAUCAACGAGUUCUGGGAAGAUCCAGCAUUAGUAUUCGAUUACAUGAAUCCGUGCAAGGCAAACAUCUCAUUCGACGACAAAGUGCUUCAAAAAUUAUGGAUUCCCAACACUUGCUUCAUCAAUUCGAAAAAUGCUGCCAUCCAUGAAUCGCCGUUCAGGAACGUUUUUCUUAUGGUAUUUGGAAACGGGACUUUGUGGACGAAUUAUCGUAUGAAGCUGACGGGACCGUGUGACAUGAACCUCAAGAGGUUUCCUUUCGAUCAACAGAAGUGUUUUCUCACUUUCGAAUCGUACAAUUACAACACAGGUGAAGUACGGAUGCAGUGGAAUCAGCCGUAUCCUGUUAUGCUUCUGAAACCGAUUCAGCUGCCGGACUUCGAACUGGUGAACUUCAGCGUCAUCGCUGUCGAGCAGAUGUAUCCGGCAGGGUGGUGGGAUGAACUGACAGUUGCGUUCGUUUUUAAACGACGUUACGGGUGGUACAUACUACAAGGCUACAUCCCUACCAUGGUAACAAUCGUGAUCUCUUGGAUCUCUUUCUAUUUAGGACCGAGAGCUAUACCUGCACGGACAAUGUUGGGUGUGAAUUCGUUAUUAGCAAUGACUUUUCAAUUCGGCAACAUUAUCAGGAAUCUUCCACGGGUAUCUUAUGUGAAAGCAAUUGACGUCUGGAUGCUAAGUGGUAUGCUGUUCAUUUUCCUUUCCCUGCUGGAGCUGGCAGUUGUUGGAUUCAUGUCGAGGAACGAAGGGCUACCUCCAAAAGCGAAAAAGAAACGAAAACGAGAGGAGUCGGAUGAUGAAUUUUCCUGGAAAGGAAUUCAGACGAGUCCUCAUCUAGAGUUACGACAGUUCUGGGUUGACAAGCGCAUCAACUCAGUCCGUAACAGCACAGAUGCGCUUCCGCAAUUUCCUACUGACGGGCCGCCAAUAGUGGAGGCGCCUUACCCCCCGUUACAUCGUAGUCGUCCUAGGCGCAAUGUUUUUACAUCAGUUCGGAAAUGGUGGAAGAGUAUUCCACCUCUGCGUCCUGAAGUUGUCGAUUUCUACAGUGCCAUAUUCUUCCCCACUGCGUAUUGUAUGUUCAAUGUGACUUACUGGGGAUACUAUUUGUCUAGUCUUUCCGCUGUCGAUGACGAUACUGUGCCCGUUUGA